AUGUUCAAAUCGCGGCGUCAUGCUAUCUUCAGAAAAGCAGCAGUGAAUGAUGAGGUUGAAUCGGUAGCACCAAAUGAUAUAGUAGAUUCUGGAGCACCUCGUCGCUUGGUUGAUGUUCGAGCAUUCUGCAGCGACCACGACCAUGGCAUUGAAUGCGAACACAAUGUCAGGCUAGUGGAAAACCUGCCAGUCUGCCCCGAAUACAUGACACUGAGUCAUUGUUGGGGCAAAAGGCUCGGUAUCAAUGCCAUCACAACAAGAUAUAAUCUCCUCAGUCGCAUGGAAAAGAUUAAGCUUGAUGAUCUACCGGCAAACUUUUGGGAUGCUAUUAGCAUUACCCGCCGACUUGGCAUUCGGUAUUUGUGGAUUGAUGCACUAUGCAUCAUCCAAGACUCACAAGCCGACUGGGCUCAGGAAUCAGUCAAAAUGGGCCAUAUAUACGACAGGUCAUACCUCACAAUCGCAGCGAGUGCUAGCGAGGAUAGUACCGGAGGAUGCUAUCGCGGUACUGGGACAAGGCAAGAUGGUCUGGGUGGAGGGACUCUAAUCGAAAUCACAAACAAACUCCUAGCCGCAAAUGGCGAGACAUCGACCUUGUUCCUUUGGGUGCCAAAGUUAAGCGAAGAUGAUCCUCUGAGAGAACCUGCACCCUUGAUUGGCUGUUCUCUGAGCCAGCGUGGAUGGGUAUUUCAGGAAAGAAUCUUAUCACCGAGGACGAUUCAUUUCACAAACUCCCAACUGGUUUGGGAAUGCCGAGAAGUAUAUGAGAUGGAGGAUCGUCUCCCUUUUCUCACACCCCAUGAUACUCUGUCCUUGGCUAUGCAUCGAGAGAUCUCUCCUGGUAAGAUAAAGCAUAUUUGGUACGACUGGCUCAUUGGAUCCGGAUACUCUAGUAGGCAGUUCACUCUGAUGAAAGAUCGACUUAUCGCCAUAGCUGGAAUUGCGAGAUCUCUGCACGAACGAACAGGCGUACCUUAUAUUGCUGGUCUAUGGACGAAUCACCUGGGUUUCGGGUUAGGUUGGCUUGAAACUCCUAAGCAUGGAUCAGCAUAUCCUUCUGAACUGUUCAACAGUUCUAAUUCUCGACGCAGGCCGACCUGGACCUGGGCUUCAUCUGACCAUGAAUUCCAGUAUCCAUUGAGGGAUUUUGAAGAGGACCAUGAUCUCCGUUACGUGGACAGUAAAAUGGUAACUCUAGGAAACGUUAACGAUCCAUUCACUAUCAUUAUUGGCGGGUGGUUAAACAUUAGAGCAAGAGUUUACGAUGGUCCUGCGUCCUAUUUCACAAAAUUAUGUUUGGAUACUAUGGCCCAGCAGGAAGUUUGGGGAACGGCAUCAGCAGAUUCCGAAACCGGGUCUUCUACCUUCAACGCUCCGUCAUGGGGGUAUAUCCGACUAGGACAGUUCAACUCCCGAACAAAAAGCCACAUUUGUACUGACGAAUCAUGGCUCAUAGUGCGGCGAGCGGAGGCAAGAGAGGAAGAGUAUGAGAGAAUCGGUAUUGCUUACCGAAGCUUCAAAUAUCAUGAAGAUGGUAUAGAUGGAGGUGUUACACUAGGGAUGGGUGAUUGGGAAUACUUGGUAAGGGAUCUUAAGCUGGUGUGA